AAUCUCUCUUGAAUAACAUCUUCCAGAAAGAUCACGGAGGGGAAACUUUAGAAAGAUUACUCGAAAUGAAGGCUUCACUUCUCCAGCAGGUAGGUAUUGGGGUUCCAAUCACCUCAAACAAAUACUCACUUGAGUCAGCUGGCCAAUGCAACAAGGUUAACAGAAGUUCAAAUCAAGGCGAAGCAGGUCCAGUUCUAAGUAGGUUGAACAAGUUUGAAAGAAAGGCUGGCAAUUUUGCACAGGAAGCUCAGGACCAUGUUAGACUGAGGCCAAAGAUAACUGACACAGUGAAAGGAAAGUUGAGCUUGGGAGCUAGAAUUCUUCAAGUCGGUGGAGUGACGAAAAUCUUUGAACAAUUGUUUGGCAUCAAAGAUGAAGAGAAGUUAUUGAAAGCGUCACAGUGCUAUCUAUCAACCACAUCGGGUCCUAUAGCAGGACUCCUUUUCAUAUCCACAGGAAAGGUUGCUUUUUGCAGUGACAGAUCCAUUAAGAUCGCAUCCCCUAAAGGAGAACCAGUUAGAGUCCACUAUAAGGUCGUGAUUCCACUUGAAAAGAUAAAAUGUGUCAACCAAAGUAAAAAUGUGAGGAAGCCUUCGCAAAAGUAUAUAGAAAUAGAUACUGUGGACAACUUCGAUUUCUGGUUCAUGGGUUUCUUGAAUUAUCGGCGAGCUUUCAAAUAUCUUCAGCUUGCUGUCUCUCAAUCCUAGAGGAUGAGAAAGCAGAAGAGUGAUUCUUCAUCCCUAAUGCUUCACUAGUUAUUAUUUUUUGAAGCAACAAAGGGAAAAAUACAUGUCCAAAAAUUGUACAUAGUUAUGUUCAUCAGAAAAAUAAACUUUGUUCUUCA